UACAUGUGUUGUAAAGGAAAUGGCGACUCUUGCGCAUUUUUAAGCAUUUUUAUUCGCCCGAUAUUUUGUAAUUCAAGAGUUCAUAUCGAUUAACAUGAAGUGACUAAAUCUAUCAAUGUUCGAAAAUGGCAAAGAAAUAUGAGAGCUCUACGAAGUUGAUUGAAGGUUUGUCAUUUAUUGAUUGGGAUGAGCUCAGUGAAGAUGAAUUUAUCAAAUUGGAUAGGAUUAUUAAUACAUCAUCUUUGUGCUCCGGAGUCCAAUUUCCAUUCCCGGGUGACAAUGACAAAAAUACAGGUACAACAGCUACUACAGAGAAGGUUCACCAUGCUCCUGUUUUUCAGUCGACCAUCCCACCACCUCCUAUUUUAGGGUAUCAAAUACCAGUUCAUCACUGGGCUCAUGGAGAGUCUACUUUAGUGCAUCCAUCUGUUCCUCCUUAUCCUAUGACAGUUCAGGCCCCAUAUGUCUUUUCUAAUCAGUCUCUAGUGUCCAUUUCCAAUGGGGAGGCUACAAUGACAUUUGUGCCGGCUAUAAAUGCUGGACAGGCUAUGUAUGCUUUGCCUGCUGUACCUGGUCAUCCUAUGUCGGCACACUUUCAAGCAGCACAUCUUCCGCAAUCAGAACCUGUUGAUUUGUCAAUGUCUGUUGCUGGACAUCAUGGAGAUACCUCUGGUCAACAUCUAGCCCAUCCCAGUAACGUGAUUACACAGUCACUUAAUCAUCCUGUGAUUAUAGCCCAUGUUUCACAGAUAGAUGCAAGUAAUCUAAAUGGUACACAUUUGACAUCUGCAUGUGUUUCUCAUGCUGGAAUGCAUAAUGCUCAGGUAGUUUAUUUACCAGAGCCUAACAUUUUGCAUAAUUCAGUUAUCCCCUGUCAGCCUCAUGAGAACACAGAUUCAAACUUAGUUGCAAAUCCCACCACCCAGUCAUCACCCAUUGAGUUUGGGGGACCUGUAGUAUUUAACAGUCACUUGCCAGAGGCAGAUAACACCACAUGCAAUGACAUCCCUGUUUCAAAGCAAAAUGAAAUUGUAAAUAAUGAGGUUGUGAUUGACAUGGAAAGUUUGGACCUGUCUGUUACUAGCAGUGGCAAGCUUACUGAAGACCAGGAAGUAUCAAGCCAAAAUAAUGACCCGUUGCAUUCUCAGCAGUCUCUGAAGUUAUCAGUAGCUGUUAGUCAGUCACCUACAGAUUCUACUUUACCUAAUAAGGACAAACAGUUUCAUCCCCCUGUAUCAUCUCCAAGUCAUGUAAAUAAAUCAGCACCUGUGGCUCCUGUUAAAAUGUGGAGUAGUCUUUUUGGAAAUAAGGUAACACAGGCGUCUGAUGUCUCAAAACCAACGCUGUCAAGCAUACCUUUGUCAAAUCACACUGUAAAAGAGGAAGUAAAAAGCAUUAGAUACUGGCAAGAAAAAGAGAAGGCAGAGGCUAAGCAGGCUUUUGUGGCUAAAGAAAAAGUUAUUCCCAUUGGACCCCAAAAUGAUCCUCUUGCCCCUAAAAUAUUAGAGCAACUUAACAACUUACCUAUUGUCCAUACACCAAUUGUGAUACAGCCAAGAGGCCUUGUGAAUGGUAGUAAUAUUUGUUUCAUGAAUGCUACUCUUCAAGUUCUGAUGGGCUGCCCCCCUUUCAUUCAUAUGUUCAGAACUUUCAAAGACCUGCCAGCACGCUCUGGUAGCUACUCAUCAACACCUAUAUUUGAUUCACUAGUCCAGUUCGUAAAUUCAUUCCAAAAUGGUCAAAGGAUCAGAAAUCAAGGUUCUAGAAAUAAAAAAGGUGCUGCAGUUGACAUUAAUAUUGGGCAACCAUUUACUCCAACUCCCAUCCUAAAUGUAGCACAGAAUAUCCUUGGUCUUCAUAUUGGUGUUCAGCAUGAUGCAGAAGAGUUCUUAAGCCAGAUUUUAAUGAUAUGCCAUGAAGAACUGGAGAAUAUUAUUAAGCUGCAACAUGCAGAUGGUAUCAAUAACAAUGACAAAGAACAGACUAAAAAUGGCUAUGCUGAAAUUGUUAAUGAUGAUCUUGAGGACGAUGAUGAUUCAUGGAAACGCGUUGGACCUAAAAAUCAUCAUGUAGAAACAAAUGUGAAUGAUUGUGGGCAAACCCCGCUGUCAAGCAUAUUUGCUGGGCUCAGCAGAUCUUGUCUGAUUAGAGAAUCUGGUAAAACAAGUGAUACCCUUGAUUCUUUUUUUACAUUGAAACUUGAUAUCCAGGCCGAAACUGUCCACUGUGUAAAUGAUGCACUGCUUAGACUAAAUAGUAUAGAGACUGUUCAUGAUGCUGAUGGAGGCAAGAUUCAAGGUCAGCGGCGAAUGUUUUUUGAUACAUUACCCCCAGUCCUGAUUUUACAUCUCAAGUUGUUUCAGUAUUCUGAUGGUAAUGGUCAGAAAAUUCAAAAGAAGAUCAACUUUGAUGUGGACCUAACAAUACCCAAAGAAACUUUAUCCAGAGUUGGUAAAGUAAAAUACUUAGCAUCAAAGUCAAGAUCAUAUAAAUUAUUUGGUGUUGUCAAUCAUCAUGGACAAAAAAUGAAUGAUGGUCAUUACACUUCAGAUGUCUAUCUUCCUGCUGCAAGUGGUUGGCUUAGGUUUGAUGAUAGUGAUGUCAUGGCUAUCUGUGAGGAGCAAGUUCUUCAGUAUAAUGAAAGACGCAUGCCAUAUUUAUUAUUUUACAGAAUGAUUGACUUGUAGUGAAAUAUUUUGCAUUUCAUAACAAUAAUUUAAAUAUAUAAUUUAGAAUUUUAAAUAUUGAAUCAUGGUAAAUGAUUACUGGCUUAUAGAUAAGCUAAAUAUGAAAUAAUUUUAUUUCUGUAAGAUGAAUAUUACACAUUUUUUAUUUUCAAACAUACCAUAACCCUUUACAGUCCUAUGCACCCGCAGUCGCCCUUCAAUUUUUGUGUGGUACAUUCUGAUGCUUUAGUGGUGGCCUGAACUAUGUAUAGUAUGUUUAUUUACGCGUAGAAACUGAAGACUUGAAGGUACUGGCAGAAGUGGGAAAUGGAAAGUUUUGUUUUCUUGUUCUAUCACUAGCCGUUCAUUCUUGUUUUUUUUUUACAAAUUAAAACUAAUGCCUCUGCUACUGAAUCAGGCUUUAUAUAUGAUGUAACUAAUACAGUGAUAUUAAAAAAGGAAAUAGCUCCAGUGGUUGAUUUGGGUUAUUAUUAUUAGCAUUUAAAAAAUUUAAGAAAUAAUAUUAGAAGUAGCGAUUUGACAUUUUCCUCAGGCUAAAAUUAUUUUUAUUUACUAUUAGUAAACUAUUAUGCUAUUUAACCUCAUAUGUAAUGAACUUGAUCCAGUUUUAUCCGUAAUGUUUAUUAUUUUAUUUUUUAACAUGUGGUUAUUUUAAAAAGUCCUGUGGCUGAAAAAUGCGUCAUCUUUUGGCCUGGCUGUAGGGAAAAAGUUUAAUAUUUUCAAUGCCCUGGACUGUAAAGGGUUAAAUAAACAUUUUAUUCAGUUUGAUCGUUUUAGAAGUGAUUUUCUAAAAGUGUGAAAACUAACCCAAGCUAAUUUUUUAUGGGAAUUUUUUUUUUAGUUUGAUUUGUUUGAUGGAGAAAAAAAAACCAAAGUAAUAGAUCAAGGGGCAGCUUUCAAAAUGUUCCAAGUAUUCAUCAUUUUAGUAUUGGAUAAUGGUAGAUUGUCUUUUUUUAACUCUCCAGUACUUUCAAUUCUUGAAUUUUUAUUUUUUAUCUUGUUUACAUGCAAAAUAUUUUUUGUAUCAUAGUUUAUUGUUACUUUUUGUGCUUUUUUUUUGUAAGUAUUCUGUGUAAAUGAAUUUUAGUCCACAUGAUCUUUUAAUAUUUUUAUCAUGUUAAGCUUUGGCUGGUACAUUUAAAAGCCCUUCUUACAUGCUAAGCUUAGGAUAAUGGAUCCAUACUCAUACAUUUAAGAAUGCACAUGGAAAGUAAUAGUAAAAACUUAAACUAACGGAUUAUUGUUACAAAAUGAGCCCUAGAUGUGGCUUUGAUAUAUUGAGUAUUAUGCCGUUAAUUCACAUUGUAAUAAGAGUUAAAUAAAAUGUUUGCAAUUUUUAAUCUUUGAGUGUAGUAUUUUUUAAGUUACUUUUGUUUGCCUCAUACUUUUUAUAUGUAUGUGUGCUCACAUAUAAAUUGGUAGCAGGGAUGUAUAUUCUUUUCCUUUUAGAACUGCCACAUUAUUUACUUUUCCGCUAUAACACAAAUUUCUUUUAUCCUAAAAACAAUUUUCUGUUUGUUCUAAUGUUUUCACUUCUGUAUUUUUAACCCUGUAUGUAAAAAAAAAUUGUUUGAUGUAUUAAAUCACUAUAGCAUCUAGUAACUUAAGGGAUAUAAAAUAAAAGCUGAAUGAGGAAAAACUGGUACAUAUUAACGAUUAUUUUAAUAUUUUCAGAUUUUAAUUGCUGCUGAAGAAAUAGAUUUCUUUAGGUUUUGUUAAAUAAAUAGUUUAUAAACAAGACAUUGAUGUUUCAAGUUAUUAAUUCCUAGUCAUUUUUUUUUUAAAAAUCUUAAACUCAAACGUUUUUUAAAAAUAUUAACAUUUACUGUCAAUUUUUAAAUUUGUGUUCUAAUUUCAUUAUUGCCAUAUAAUAUAUAAAUCAGUGUUGUUUUUUUUUAUAUAUACCAUACAGCUGCCACAUAAUGAAACAUUUCAGAUCAUUAAUACACAAGUGUACAAAGUUGUUUUCAAAUAAAUCAAAUAUUUUUUAUAGAAAAUAAAUUUUCAUCGAGUAUAAUUAUUUAGAAAGUAGCUUGUUAAUUCAUAUUUCAGAACAGAAUAAAAUAUUGGCUCAGUCGUAAAUGCUAAAAAAAAAAAACGAUAUGUUGUAAUUUUUGUUUGAAAUGAAGUUGAUGAGAAACCAUACUGCUGUUUAUUGGAAUGUACUAAAUAUUUUAAGCAAAGUUUUUAUGUAUAUUAAAUACAUUUCAAAUCAUAGAUUAAUUCCUCAAAACAACUUCAGUUAAUCUGAGAUGAUUACAGUUGAACAUAGAUAAACAAUCUUGUCACCUAUUCUGCACCACCUCCACUUAAAAGCAAUGCUUGCAAGCAUUAAUGAGUUUAAAGUUAUGAGUUAUAUUAGGUAUUUUUUGUUAAACGUUGAUGCAAGAUUUAGUGUAUUAAAAUGGACAGUGCAUUCAUACUUUUCACAGAUGAACAAAUCUAAUACAAUUUUAUUUAUAAAUUAUACUUGUGAUAAAUAAAAUUGCAUUGGAUUUGUUGAAUAGACUUGAUGUUACAUUGCUUGAAAGUAUGCAGUACUGAAUUACUGCAAUAUUUAUAGACUAUUAAAUACAACAUCCCUGUUUAUAUGUAAAUAUAGUUUGAAUUUUUUUUAAUGCAGUCAGCUCUGUUCAGUAAAUGAUUGUCAGGAAAAAGGUGUGUUGCUGACCUAGUAAAAACUAUGGCAUUUAAAGACAUUUGAGAUUUUGGAAUCUCAGUUCCAUACAAUGUACUCUUUUUAAACUUCUAUUGAUACAGCUCUUGUUACUAAAUCUAAAUGCUGUAAUCACCAUUGAUAUAUUUUAAAAAUGCAUUAAUUGUUAAAUUCUAUUUUGCUGUCUUAAAUGCAUAAUGAUCAGCAAAAUACAUAUAUCUAAAAAAUAUACUGCAAUCAUGUAUCAAAUGAUUUCAUCUUCAUCAUUGAUUUGAUCUUCAUCAUUGAUUUUAUUUCUCACUAUUGCACUCUAUAGACUAAUCAUGAGAACUGUUCAGAUUUUUAAAAAAAUUAAAUAUGGCAUUUCAGGAAAUUAAAGUAAUUACUUGGCUUAUUGUCUAUAAACCACACAGAAUUUGUGUUUUACAGCUAAUUACAGAAAACCAGUUAAAUUUUUUAGCCUUUCAGAUAUUUCACUCUAAUAAAUUGGUUGGUAGCCAGUGUUUGUAUUCCCACUAUGUCGAUUACUAUGCAAGACAACAAAAAUUCUAUAAGAAAUAGUGUAUGUAAUGGAUCAUAUAUUUAGAUUAAGCUUACUAGUGCUUAUACACCAACCACUAAUGUAAUUAUUCCAUUCAGUUUUUUUAUGUAGAUAUCUACUUGAAAAGAUUUUUCUAUAAAGAUGUACAAAGUAGUAUUAAUUCAUGUCUUUCAUUUGUAAAUAACCAUUAUGAUAGUUGAGCACUCAAAAUAUAAUUAAUUUAUAAUAAAUUUUAUUAAUUCCGUAGUUGUUUUUUGACCUAAAAUCAGUUUACUUUCCUUAGGGAUUUUUUCAGGGGUGGGGCCACGAAAUUUUCAUUUCUGGAUGGUUGUGCUCUUGAUUUUAUCAAAUAUCACCCCCUCCCCAUUUUCAUGUUUGUUACAUAUAUUGAUUGCCUGAUUUAUACUAAUAUUGUACAUAGAGCAUACCAUUGCCUACCAUUAGCAAGUCUUUCCUGAAAAGCUAGAUAAGUUCAUUACAAUACCAUUUUGUGUUAUUUUUGUAUUAUGCAUAUGAUUUAGUUUCAAGAACCUGAUUGCUGUUUGUGUACAAUUUUUUCCUUAAAUCUUUUUGUUGCAAUGUUUAACUUUCUAGUUUAUUUCUGCAUUAUUUUUAAAAGGCUUAAUGCAGAUAUUUCUGAAGUCAUACUUGCUUACUAAUCACUUUUCUACUUUUUAAAAAUCAUAAAAUGUUUUCUAUUAUGUUGAUGCCAUUUAAAAGCUAGAAUUCAAGAAAAUCUUUUAUGUAGUUUGCAGUGUCUGAAUACCAGCAGUUUAAAACUGAGAUAAUAGUAAUUAUAAAUGAUUUUUAAAGGAUAUAGUAAUACUUUUAAAACUAACCUUUAAAAUUAUAUAGAAUGGAUACUUUGGCAUUAGUUCACAUUUGUAUCAUAACAUAUGGGUCUGCAGAAACCCUAAAGCUCUGUUAUAAAACUGUUUGUGCUUCCAUUAUCUUAAACCAAUUAGAUUUUUAAAUAAAGUAGUAUAUUUAUUUUAACCAGACAAAAUGCGUAAUAUUCUCCUACCUGUGUGGUAAUGGAAUGUAAAGUGCUGUACAAAUAGAAUAACAAAUAUUUGUAUAAAAUACCAUACAAUGAUCACAGUAGCUUAAGUUAUUUUUCUAAUUGCAUACAAACUAAUACAGAAUAAAAAUCAAAUACAUGCAGAUUGUUAUAGUUAAAUUUCAAAAGUUUAUUAAAGUAUGUGCAUGAAUCUGACGUAUUUAAAUUUUUUACCAUUAAAAAAAAUUAAUUGCUGCUUAGUUUUUGUUAGUAUAAGUUAAAAUUACAACUAUUAUAGUUAGUUUUUUUAAAUAGUUUUUUUAAAAAUAAUUUUAGUUGUGACAUUGUAACUAGCAUUUAGCAAAUCAGCAUGUAUUAUACAUUAGGAAUCUGUUAGAACUAGAAGACUAUUCUAAGAAAUAAUUUAUUUGUUCUAUAGUACAGUCAUUGAUUUCAUUCAAAUUAUUCAUUUAACUUUGUCAAAAAUAUUGAAAAUUUUGCUUCAAGAAAUUGUUAAAUAAAUUACCUUUUUGUUUGGACAAAUUUUGCUAAUUUAUUUCAUUACCAUCAUUUUAUCUUUGUUUUGUUGGCUAUAUUAUUGCUUUGUGUGGUGUGUUCUCUUGUAUAAUAUAACAUGCAUUCAUCUAAUUAUGAAUAAACC